UUCCGGCACGGCGUUCCAUCAGCUGCUUGCACCUUCCGCCUAGCUCCCGCUUUCCGCGCGGCGGUCGCUGAGUUUCAUCUUUCCGUGGCCUCUGCGGCGCCCGAGCCCGCAAUGUCGGGCCCCAACGGGGACCUAGGCAUGCCGGCGGAUGCGGGCGCGGAAGGCGAGAAUGACAGCUUCGGGGAAGCAGUACCUGUUAAUUUCCUGCAUGAUGACACUGAGAAUAAGAAAGUUGUGAGCUGGGACAUUGGGUGCACUUGUCUGUCAGCCCUAAGGAGACACUGGACCUUUCCUCUCAAGGAGUAUGCUGCCAUCAACUCCAUGUUGGAUCAGAUCAAUUCUUGUCUGGACCACCUGGAGGAGAAGAACGACCACCUCCAUGCCCGCCUCCAGGAAUUGCUGGAGUCCAACCGACAGACACGACUGGAAUUCCAGCAACAGCUUGGGGAGGCCCCCAGUGAUGCCAGCCCCUAGGUGCCAGGAGCCCCCAACCGGGCCCCACCCUUGCCUCUCUAGGCCAUGUUCUGGCCUGGGUAGAUGCUACCUGGCUUAGACUCCAUCUCAGGUACUGGCCUUCAGAUCCCCCAGUGGGUCUACCAGCCUGGACCAGGCCCCACUGCCCAUCAUCCCUUCUGGAGCCAGGCGUGGUCCUACAACUCAUUCACUUGUCUGCCUGCCCAGCUCCAGUCUCUUUCCCCUCCACCCAGGAUAUAGUGUCCAUAUUAAAGAGGCCUCCCACACCAUU